AUUAAACAGAAAACACUUGAUAAGAAGUUUAUUGUAUAAAUAGUUGGAAACCCAGGCAACUAAACCAGUUAUUCAAGAUGUUCUCCUUCAUUCUUCUAGGAGUUCUAGCCUGCACAGCAACAAGUAUCUAUGGCCAAGAUACUACUACUACUACUACUAUUGCCCCUACUACUACCACUACACUUUUAAUUGUCCCAAUUACUACUACUGUAGCAACUACUACUACUGUUCCUACUACAACAACAGUUGAUAGCAGUGAAGAAUCUGGAAGUUCUGAAUCUGGAAGCAAAGAAGGAAAUAAAGGAAGCAAAGAAAAGAAAGGAAAGAAGGGAAAGAAGGGAAAGAAGGGAAGCAAAGAAAAGAAAGGAAAAUAAGAACAUCCUGAUUCUUAAACAUGGAUUAUAAAGAGAAAAUAUUAUUCCAUUAAAAGUUUUAAUUUUGUAAAAUUAAAUUUGAAUAAAUAAAUUUGCAUUCAU